GGUCCUGCUGUCAUCUCACAGCUCGUCCUUCUUUGUCCUCAGCUGCAUCAGAACACCACUUCUCCUCAGGUUCACCAGAGGAAACACGGCUGAACAAAAUGCUUUUCCUCCCAGCUGCUGCUCUGUGCUGUCUGUGUUCAGCACUGGUUACCAUGGCAGAAGACCUGAUUCAGGAUGAUUUAACAUUGACCAGGAGAGUUGGUCAAAGUGUCACUUUCAGCUGUGAACUAGCUAAGCAAUUUAAAGAUGAUUAUGUGUUCUGGUAUCAGAAGAAAGAUAAAGAAGGAUUCAGAAUAAUUCUCGAUCUUAAGAAAAGUAGCGGCAUAACAGAUAAACGUUAUGGUCAUCCACAAAGAGAUGAUUUCUCAGCUGUUAAAACACAGAAAGGAUGUGAAUUGAAGAUUAAUAAAAUUACAAUAGAUCAUUCAGCCUCUUACUUCUGUAGCUGCUAUAAAUCUGGAUACUACAUAUUUGGAUCUGGAACCAGACUGAUUGUAACAGAUGAGUCCGUAGUGAAGCCCGUGGUGAGCGUGUACCCAGCAGCAUCCAGAGUCCCUGUGGAGAGGGGCAGCUCCCUGCUGUGUCUGGCCUCAGCCAUGUUUCCUCCUGUGGUCCAGUUCUCCUGGAAAAGACAGAGGAACAAUGGCCCGCUGGAGGACCUGAACUCUGAUGGGGAGGAGCUGGAGCUCAGAGAGUCUAGACGCAGCACCUCCAUCCUGUUGGCCCAUCAGCAAAAGGACCGCUCCUAUAAAUACAUGUGCUCCGUAAAACACGAGGGGGGAACAGUGGAGGCCCAAACACAACAAGAGUUGCCUACACUUCCACCUGUAGUUUCCACAGCAGCUCCAACAUCCCAGUCAAGAUUUUCCAGCAUUCUGACUACAGUAACACCCUCUGUUCCUCCUCUGGACCUGGUGAAGCUGUCCUUCCAGUCUGAGCGCAGGGUGAAGCUGCUCUGCCUGCUGUACACAGUGCUGAUAGUGAAGAGUCUGGUGUACUGCUGUGGACUCUCUCUGCUGAUGAUCCUCAGAAACAAGGGAGCAUCCACCAACUAACUGACUGUUUUCUGAUCCUAUUUUCUCUUAAUCAAAUCUCAUCCUUUCAUCUCAUUCAUCACGUUGAUCACAGCUCUCUAAUGUUCUUAAUGACUUGAUAGAGAUUCUUCAUCAAACUGUCAGUGACUGACUUGUGGAGCUGUAACAUUGCUUUAUUCUGCUUUAACAUUUUGAAUAUUCACACAUUUUCA